CCAGCCAGCCAAGCCAGCAACGUGACGAUAUCCACCUCGAAGAUAUAUGCACGAGCCAAGGUCACAGGCAGGCACGAGAUCAUCAGUUCGAGAGAGAGAGAGCGAGCCGAGAUCGAUCGAUGUGAUCCGGGGCGACAUGCCCACAUGAGGACAAACCAAACUCCAGCUAAGAUACCACCACCACCUCCUCCUCCUCACAUCUCAUCUCACCGCAUCCAUCCAUUCCGCGCGCGCGCACACGCAUCCCCCCACCACCGCGGCUGCCUCGUUCUUCCUCCCCUUGCUCGCAACACCGCGAUCGAUCGCUGUUCGUCUUCCUCUCGAUCUCUGUUCGUUUUCGCAAGGGAACAAGCGAGGAAACAAACAAAGCAACCGAGGAUGGCACAAAAAUAGCUUUAAGGAAGAGAGGUGUGAGGGGCAAAGGAGGCAUCAGGGGGGCAGCAGGCAGAGGGAGGCAGCGCAGGCGCCACUAGUUAAACUACACGGCCGCACCACUCCCGAACCCCAUCUGAUACUCUCAUCAGCCUAGAGAGUAUCAGACUAGAGAGAGAGAGAGUGUGCAGGGUAGUAGUAGUAUCAUCAUCACGGCAGCAGCAGCGGCAGAAAGAGAGAAAGGCCCAGCCAAACCAGAGAGAGAGAGAGGGGAGAAAAAAAAGGGCUUUGAAGAGGAGAGAUCCACCUCGAACUAGUAGCCUUCCCUCUCCUCAGUUACUUCUCGUCCUCCUCCUCGUCGUUGCGGUGCGGGGUGCGGUGACGAGGGAGGGAGGGAGAAUUGGUGGGGUGGGGGAGCGAGGAUGAGGGAGGAGGAGGAGCCCAACUGGUUCGCGCGGUGGGAGGAGCAGCUGCCGGCGCCGGACGAGCUGAUGCCGCUGUCGCAGUCGCUCAUCACGCCCGAUCUUGCGGUGGCGUUUGAUAUCCCGACGCAUGGGGGUGGAGGUGGGGGAGGGGGAGGUGGGAUGGCGGGGGGUGUUGUGGGGGGUGAUGGGGCGGGGGGAGUGGGGGGAGGAGGGGGAGGUGGCGUGGGGGGCGGGGAGAUGAACGGCGGGGCGUCGUCGGCGGCGGGGUCGAGCGGAGGCGGCGGCGGCGGGGGAGGGGACGAGCCGGCCCGGACGCUGAAGAGGCCCCGGCUCGUGUGGACGCCGCAGCUGCACAAGCGGUUCGUCGACGCGGUGGCGCACCUCGGCAUCAAGAACGCCGUCCCCAAGACGAUAAUGCAGCUGAUGAGCGUCGACGGCCUCACGCGCGAGAACGUCGCCUCCCACCUCCAGAAGUACCGCCUCUACCUCAAGCGCAUGCAGGGGGUCGGCAACGGCGGCGGUGGCGGAGGAGGAGGCGCCGGCGGCAGCCACUCCUCUGGCUCCGGCACCGACGCCGCCACGGAGCAUCUGUUCGCCACCGGGCCGGUCCCCUUCCUCCCGCCCGGCCGUGGCCCCGCCGGCGGAGACCCGUACCCGCCCUUCGCCCCCAUGCCGGCCACCCACCCCGCCGCGCACCACCACCACCACCACCCGUCGCAGAUCGGCCACUUCCACCACCCCGCCGCGCGCCCGCUCGGCCACUUCGGCUCCGGUCCGGCCGCCGGCUUCGACCACGGCUUCCUCAGCCGCGCCGUCGGCGGAGGCGGGCCGCCGGUCGGGCCGCCAGGGAUGCACCACCGCAUGGUUGGCGCCGGCGCCGGCAUGGCCAUGAUGGCACCAUCCCCUUUCGCCGAAGAGCUGGAGCUCGGGUCCCGAGGAGGCGGCGGCGGCGGCCGGCGCGAGCUUACUCUGUUCCCGACGUCCGGCGACCACUGAGGCAACAUACCGACGGCGGCGAGCCGGCGACGGACACCGGGCGGCCUCCUCCUCCGUCCUCGGGUACAUACAAUUCGUUCGCUUCCUCUCCUCUGCUAGUUCCCCACCAGAUCGGCAUAGGAAUCGAGCAAGUCCCAUCGCAUCAUCGAGUCGCAAGAAUUCUUGGGAAUUAGCACUCCACCCCCCAUGUCUCAAUCCAAUCCGUAUUGCUCCAAACCUCUUCCCCCCCUCAUUUGUUGCUGCUGCCUCGUGUGUUGCUGCUAUUUGUCAUUGCUCUUCCAAUUCCUCCUCCCCUUCUCCUGUUCUUUUCUUUGAUGACAUAAUUAAACUUAGUCUUAGAGAGGAUUAUUUAGAGGGUAAAAAAAGGAAUUGUGACAGUUUGGUACUUUCAUCUUAGUCGUCCAAGAACUCCUCGUCGGAAAAAAAGAAAGAAAAUCUGAAUAUCUGUGAUUGUGCCAAGGAGGAUCCAGGGGUCAAAUUGCUCUGCUCAUCCUGGUGUCUGUCACACACUUUGGUUCUUGAGUAGUACAACUCCAACCAAACAAGUGAUGCAAUCAACUGCCACCGGAGAGAUUGCGUGGGUGUAAGUGGCAAGUGUGAUAUAGGCAGAGGGUUGAAUAAUUGCAAGGACCCACCCAGGAGAUGAAUAAUUCUGAGGAUUGAGCUCCUAUUUGCUGUGGUGGAUGAUGAUAAUCAGGCCUCUCUUAGUGAGCUCAAAUCAUCUAAGAGGCCAGAGAGAUUAUCCAUAGCUUAAUUUCUUCUUCGGUGUUACUGUCCUGCUCCUCCAUGUGAUGAAGAGCUAAAGAGGAGUAUGUGUAGGAAGGGUUUCAGAGCCCCCCCUGGGCAGAGCAACUCGAAUUGGAGUUCGUUGUAGUAGCAAUCACUUGUAAAUCAGCGGUAAAUUGCCUUUCGUUUUCCUCGUAGCCGUGAGAUGAAAGAAAGAAGAGAAGAAGACCUUCUUGAGUUGUGUGCUAGUACAGUGAUGCUUUGUGUUCUUGUACAUUGAACGCUGUUCAGUUCAAGUCAAAAUUUUCACAUUAUCUGCAA